CUACAGGAACGGACGUUUAUGUCAGUGAAUGGCUGCAGCUAAGCUAGUCAUGAGCUAACAGUCCUGUAAGAUACUUUUACAUCGAAUAUCUAAAAUUCAGUUUCAACAGCUGAGGAGGGAGUCUAUUUAAAGGUCAGCAUAAUGGGUGAACCACAGCAGGUUAGUGCCCUGCCCCCUCCACCUAUGCAGUACAUCAAAGAGUACACAGAUGAAAACAUCCGCAAGGGCCUGGCACCCAAGCCUCCUCCACCCAUCAGGGAUAAUUACAUGAUGUUUGGCAACCAAUUCCAAUGUGAUGACCUUAUCAUUCGGCCUCUUGAGAGCCAAGGCAUUGAGAGACUCCAUCCUAUGCAAUUUGACCACAAGCGUGAGCUGAAGAAGCUCAACAUGUCCAUUCUUGUGAACUUUCUGGAUCUGCUGGAUAUCCUUAUUAAGAGCCCAGGCAGCAUUAAGCGGGAAGAGAAGCUGGAGGACUUAAAGCUUCUGUUUGUUCAUAUGCACCACCUGAUAAAUGAAUACAGGCCACAUCAAGCCAGGGAGACUCUGAGAGUGAUGAUGGAGGUGCAGAAGAGACAAAGACUAGAGACAGCAGAGAGGUUCCAGAAACAUUUGGAGCGGGUGGUGGAGAUGAUCCAGGGAUGCCUUGCCUCCUUACCAGAUGACCUACCUCAGAUGGAGGGUCCAGACAAUGCGGGUGAUGGGACAAGGACUGUGUCUGCAACAGCUAGCAUUGGUUGUUCCUCCGGGCAAGCCCCCAGGCUGAAAUCUGAACCAAUGGAUGCAGAGGAAGCAGGUGGCAGCUGUAUGGCAGCAGGUCACCAAGACAAAAGUGUCAGUCCUUCAAAGAGGGACAAAAUGUGGGACAAGGAUGCCGCCAUGUGUAGUAUAAUUGAUGAAAUAGCUUGAUUUUCUGUCACGUUUGUGUCUCUUUUUGUAUACUAGUAACCGUUUGUCAUUUGUUUGCUGUACUUAGAGUAAAUCUGAAGCAUUCGCUGUGUUUUCAUUGGGCCUGAUAUCUGUUUGGUUGUUGUUUUCUCAUUUUUAUUUAAAAGAUAUUGUAAAUUUGAAAAGUUCCUGCAAAGAUCCGUCCAUGCAUUACCUUUACUGCUCAUCCCAUUCAAGGUCAACUCAGCUAUCACAGGGCUGACAUGUAUAGAGACAAGCAAGAAGUCACAGCUAUGGACAAUUAAGAGUUACCAGCCAAACCAGGGACCUUCUUGCUGUGAGGCAACAGCAUUUCCACUUCUCCAGUGAAAAUGUAAAAGGAUUUUUAUUUAUUACACCAACAAAUUUUGAUUCCAACUCUCAUUUUAGUAAUAAAACCAAUAAAUAUGUUUCAAGUUACUGUCA